CAUCACCAUCUGUCUGUCACCCUCAUUGCCACCAUGUUGGCCUCUGGACUGCUCCUGGUGACUGUGCUGGGCUUCCUCUUCUUCCUGGUCUUCAUGUCUGUCUGGAAGCAGAGGAAAUUUUCAGGGAAGCUGCCUCCAGGACCCACCCCACUGCCCUUCAUCGGGAACUACUUUCAGCUGAACACAGAGCAGAUAUACAACUCCCUCAUGAAGAUCAGCGAACGCUAUGGUCCCGUGUUCACCAUCCACCUGGGGCCUCGCCGAAUUGUGGUACUAUGUGGACAGGAAGCAGUCAAGGAGGCUCUGGUGGAUCAAGCUGAGGAAUUCAGUGGGCGUGGUGAACAACCCAUCUUUGACUGGCUCUUCAAAGGCUAUGGCUUGGUCUUCAGCACCGGGGAUCGCGCCAAGCAGCUGAGGCGCUUCUCCAUUGCCACACUGAGGGACUUUGGUUUGGGCAAGCGUGGCAUCGAGGAGCGCAUCCAAGAGGAAGCGGUAUUUCUCCUGGAGGCAUUCCGGAAGACAAAUGGUGCUCUCAUUGACCCCACAUUCUACCUGAGCAGAACAGUGUCCAAUGUCAUUAGCUCCAUCGUUUUCGGAGACCGCUUUGACUAUGAGGAUAAAGAGCUCUUGUCACUGCUGAAGAUGAUGACGGGAAGCUUCCAGUUCACAGCUACAUCCUCCGGGCAGCUCUUCGAGAUGUUCUCUUCAGUGAUGAAGCACCUGCCGGGGCCACAGCAACAGUCCUUUAAGGAAAUGCAGGGUUUGGAAGACUUUAUAACUAAGAAGGUGAAACAGAACCAGAGUACCCUGGACCCCAAUUCUCCAAGGGACUUCAUUGAUUCCUUUCUCAUCCGUAUGCAGGAGGAGAAGAAGAACCCCAAUACAGAGUUCUCCAUGAAGAACUUAGUGCGGACGACACUGAACCUCUUCUUCGGUGGUACAGAGACUGUCAGCACCACCCUUCGCUAUGGCUUUCUGUUGCUCAUGAAGUACCCAGAUGUACAGGCCAAAGUACAAGAAGAGAUUGACAGGGUGAUUGGCAAGAACCGGCAGCCCAAAUAUGAGGACCGCUUGAAGAUGCCCUACACAGAGGCUGUCAUCCAUGAGAUCCAGAGAUUUGGAGACAUAGUUCCCAUGGGCCUGGCUCGCAGGGUCACCAAGGACACCAAGUUCCGUGACUUCCUCAUCCCCAAGGGCACUGAAGUGUUUCCUAUGCUGGGCUCUGUGCUGAAGGACCCCAAGUUCUUCUCCAACCCCAAAGACUUCAACCCAAACCACUUCCUGGAUGACAAGGGACAGUUUAAAAAGAGUGAUGCAUUUGUGCCCUUUUCUUUAGGAAAACGGAACUGCUUUGGAGAAGGACUGGCUAGAAUGGAGCUCUUUCUCUUUCUCACAAACAUCCUGCAAAAUUUCCACUUCAGGUCUCCACAGGCACCCCAGGAUAUUGAUGUGUCCCCUAGACUCCUGGGUUUUUCCACUAUCCCACCAAACUACACCAUGAGUUUCUUGUCCCGUUGAGCCAGCGCUGGAUAAGGGUAAAGGAAAGGAUGGAGAUCGGGCUAGUGGGGGAUUGGGACUUAGAAGGGAUCAGGGGAACAGGAGAGAGAGGACAUGAUAGACUUGCUGAAGACAGACUGCCACUUCAAAGGUAGAGCAUGAGAAAGGGUAAAUUUAUCCUAUGUUAUAAAUAGUAAUAAUUAUAUUAGUAAUAAUAAAGUAGACAUUAUUUAUAGAAUAAGUAUUCUUUGUCAAGUGGUGUGGGAGGUCCAACUGUCUGUGUGUUGCUUUCCUUGGUUAAUGAAUAAAGAAACUGCCUUGGCCUGUUGAUAGGGCAGAACUUAGGUAGGCAGAGAGACAGAACUGAAUCUUGGAAGAAAGAAGGGCAGAGUAAGAAAGACAGCAUGGAUCCACUGGAAAUAGACAUGCUUUGCUGGUAAACCACUGCCACGUGGCAAUAUACAAAUGAAUACAAAAAUUGUAUAUUGUAUACAAUAUACAAAUAGAAAUGGGUUAAAUUAAUAUGUAAGAGUUAGCCAAUAAGAAGAUAUAGCUAAUGGGCCUAGCAGUGAUUUAAUUAAUACAGUUUCUGUGUGAUUAUUUUGAGGCUAAGCUAGCUAGGCAUCUGGGAUGAACAAGCAGGCCCCCUCCAUGCUACAGUCAAAUUUAUGCUAAAGAGUCUUGUGAUCUCAAAACUCAUAAAUGCAUUGGAAGGGAAGAUAA